AUGCAGUACCUCUACGAUGACGUUGUACCGCCCUUUCGCUUCUUCGCGAAGAUUGUGAUGCGGUGCGUUAAUAACGCCCUCGACGAGGCAACAAAGAAUCACCGCACGGAACACGCAAGCUUGCAUGUGCCCUACACAAGCAUAGCGGCGGACAAUCCCUGCUUGGUGGAGGUGCCCCCCGGGCUGGUGGCCCGCAGCGUCGCUGUCGGGCCAACACUCGACAGCGCCGCGGGAAGGAUGAAUGCGUCCGCGGGGAACAGCCUCUCUGCAGUCUGUGUAGUUGGCGACGUCGUGCUUUGCGGGUUCACCAAUGGGCGAGUGACGCUGGUGUAUAGCAGCCCGCAUGGGGGCGCGUUUGAGACACUUGAGAUCCCACCGUUCACCCCAAACCCGACUCAGGUGGUUGCGCUGAGUUGUGUGCCCCUCCGCGAGGGCCACUGGGUGGUUGCCGUCAGCCACGAGGCUUCCGUCUUUGUGCGCACGUUGGCGCUGAAGCAAAGCGUGCACCCCCCCAUGGUGCUGAGAAAGAGGACGCAGCAGCGCGUCAUUGAGAUGCGCACCACCGAGUGGGCCUCCGGCGCCCGCGUGAGCUCGCUGCAGCUCUCGCCCUGCGUGAAGUAUCUUGCGGUGGCGUUUAGCGACGAUGCACUUGUCGCCGUUGCCGCGCUUCCAUCGCUGGGGGUCUCGCGUCACGGCUUGGGCGACGGCCCUGAGCGGGUGACGUUGGAUCUGACGUCGCGUUUGGUGGAGGACGGUCGUCUCGGCGGCAACCGUCAGGCCCGAGUCUUUUUUAUGCCGGAGCGGCUGCCGGGGGGUUUGCGCUCGGCGUUCUUGUCGGCCUCGACGUGGACUGACCCCGAGACGACGGCCGGCGCCCACCACCCGCUCUGUCUGCUGGUGUGGGUGAACGGCAACAGCUACACGCGCUGCCCGCUGAAGAGCAUCAGCGGAAGCGCCCUGAGGCGCCUGAGCACCGUCCUCGCCUCCGGGCCGCCCGUCACUGUGUCUUGUUCCAAAAAAUCCAUUCUCGCUGCCACCGCGGCGGAGGCGGCCGCCACUUCAUCGGCGGCGCACCGAACAAGGCUCAAGUCGAAACUGGGCGCCGGCGGUUUGAAAGAGGGACUCGCAGACGCUGCGUCCGAGGCCGCGACAAGUUUACUGAGGCAAUCACCGUUUAUCGGUAUGUACAGAGGUCUGUUGUCUGACAGGAUUGUUGCGGCGGCCUUGGCGUCGGCGGACGGCACUGUAGUGGCGGUGGGGUGCGCCGGCGGGUGCGUCUACCUCAUGGAUGGACAUGGCAUUACAUCGAUGCUUUUUGCCACGCCGUUUCAGGGGAAAUCGAUGCGGCUAAUGUCCUUGCACCCCUCUAAGGAACUCCGCUGCGGAAUGGUGCUGCGGGCCGUGAGGGCGCCGCCGGGGGAAGGAAGGGGGGUCACGCUGGCGCACGCGCGCGGGAGCGUGUCGCCCGCCUUCCUUAGCGUGGGGACGGUGCGUUGUUUGCGGGAUGUGGAGGGCCUAACGGCGGUGCUUCCACUGGGGGAGCUGCCGCUUGUCGUGCUCUUUUGCGCCCACGGCGUGUACCUCUGGGAUGUCCACUACAACUGCGUGGUGGCGUCGCUGGCGGGGCUGCCGCCGCUGGAGCCGUUCUCCCUUUGCGAGGUUUUGUACCGUGGGGCGGCCAGCGGUGCGCUGCGCCCGACGUUGGCCAAAAAGCUUCGGUCGACGUUGUACCUGCCUUUCUGCACGGAGACGGCCAUCGUCUGGUGGACCUCCGACGAGACCCUGGCGCGGCUCAGCAUAGCCGACCUCCUUGCCCAGGUGUACCCGCUGCUGGACGCCGAGUUUCGGGGCCUCCCCAUGCGGGCAAUGGCGCACCUCCUCGCCCGCGUGCCACCGGCGCAGCGCCACGUACCCGAAUGCGUGGCGAACUUUGAGCUCCCCGCGGAGUGCCAGUUACUGCUGGACACGUAUGACGUGGCUUCUCCCGCUGCCGCUGUUGCCGCUGCCGUUGGUGGUGUUUUUGGUGGGGGCACUGGCGCCGGCCUCGCCGACCUGAAAGACCCGGCGAGGGAGGCGGCGCUGCACCGGUUUCCCGAGCUUCCCUUUGCCCCGCUGCACCCCGAGACAAUUGCGUCGUGCUUCCUCGAGACGACGUGCUCCUCCGUGACGACGCGUGCGGAGGAACUGUCUGCCAUGUUUGGCGCCUCACUGCCGCGUGGGUCGUGA